AGCAACUAAGUUUGUAAAACAUUUUUUUAUGAACAAGUAAUGUAAUCAAUCGGUCAAGACAGCUAACUCCACCAAUCAUUCAAACCAACUAAUACAAACAGCUAACAAGCAGCAGCCAACCGGGGCCUUAAACAUAUUAGGGUCUUUAAUGGACCGAAGCCCAUAUUUAUGUAGCGGCAGGAAAGACAUUGCGUAGAAGCCCAUGUAUGGCAAAGCCCUAAUUUAUAAUCAUCGCGUCAUCUUCCCUCCCACUCCCUUUCCGCAAAACCCUAGCCUCGCCGUCUGAACUUCUGUGCUCGCCACAAUGCCGCCGAAGUUUGAUCCAUCUCAGGUCGUCGAGGUCUACGUCCGUGUCACCGGCGGAGAGGUCGGCGCUGCCAGUUCGCUCGCUCCUAAGAUCGGUCCCCUCGGUCUCUCACCCAAGAAGAUCGGUGAGGACAUCGCCAAGGAGACUGCCAAGGACUGGAAGGGCCUCCGCGUCACCGUCAAGCUCACCGUCCAGAACCGUCAGGCCAAGGUCUCCGUCGUCCCCUCCGCCGCUGCUCUGGUCAUCAAGGCCCUCAAGGAGCCGGAGCGCGACAGGAAGAAGACCAAAAACAUAAAGCACAACGGAAACAUCUCCGUGGAUGAUGUCAUCGAGAUCGCGAAGAUCAUGCGGCCGCGUUCCAUGGCGAAAGAUUUGUCCGGCACCGUUAAGGAGAUCCUCGGAACCUGCGUUUCCGUCGGGUGCACGGUAGAUGGAAAGGACCCAAAGGGUUUGCAGCAGGAGAUUUGUGAUGGAGAGGUAGAUAUUCCUCUUGACUGAUACGCCAUUUCAUUUCCAUUGUUUUUCUUUUAUUCCCCUGUGAGAGAAUUUUGGAUGAGAAGACUUGGUUUUCUAGUUUCAGACAUUAGGAGGUUGUUCUUUCAUGCUCCAUUGAAAUGUUGUUUGCUGUUCGUUAAAGUUCAAGAUUCUCUUUUGCUUGCAUUGCUAAGUUAUGCUUUUCUGCUCCCUUUUUCUUGGUUUGUGAAAUCUUAGAACACGAUUUU